UCCAGGAGAGAGGGGCAGCCAAGAAGCAAAUACAGGAAUAGGCUGGCUCUGUAGGAAAACUGUAAGCGAGAAAAUAUACCGAAAUCAAACGAACAAUGAAACCGAUCGAGCAGAGCUUAUGAAAGAACCGCGGCCGAAUCUCUUAAAGACACUGCCACGUUAACAAAGCUGUUUUAUCACACAGUGCAGCUUAAAGGCAGCAGAUAGAGAGCUGUGUCAUUGAGCAGGCAGGACACGUCAGGAGAAGGGAGAGAAAAAAAGAGCUGACCGACUGCACUGUACGAGUCAGCUAUCAAAUAGCCUCUAAAAAGCUUUGCCCGACUCUUUCAAGGACACCACCCUUUUCUCAACCCGAGGGGAGGAUUUCGAAAAAGACUUCGCCGAGGUCGAAGGUGGUGAUCAGAAGGACCAAACGAUCACGGGAUAGUAUUUGUGUGUGGGGGGAGAAAACAAAUGGGGGAUUACGGGUUCGGAGUCCUAGUUCAAAACAACACUGGCAACAAGUCUGCAUUCCCGGUCCGAAUCCACCCACAUCUGCAGCCCCCACACCACCACCAAAAUGUGUCGCAGAGCCCUGCUGCUUUCAUAAACAGCACCACAGCCGCAGGGAAUGGCACCACGGGAGGCUCUCCCUGGCUCUUCCCUGCCUCUGCCACCCACAACAGCGUGCAAGACGAAAUCCUGGGGGGCCAAGAGAAGCCCAAAGCACAGCAGCAACAGGAAAUGCAAGAAACGCAAGAAAAGCAGCAGCAGUUGUCCCCUGGGAGUCACCAGGAGGCUGGAAGUGGUGGGAUCAUUUCAGAACUGGAAAAAGCCCGGUCAGAGGAAGUCAAGACAGACAGUGGUGUGUCUGAAGGGAGUAAUGGAAAGGAGAAGCAGCUACGUCUCGAGUCUCCUGUCUUGACAGGCUUUGAUUACCAGGAGACUUCUGGUCUUGGGGGAACUGGUCCGGUCCAGUCUAGUACAACUUCAUCAUCACUUACUGGCUUCAACAACUGGUCAGCUGCCAUCCCACCGGCACCAUCGACCAUCAUUAAUGAGGACGUCAGUUUCUUCAACCCUGCGUCUGCCAACAAUGGGCCCCUGCUGUUCCAGAACUUCUCACACCAUGUCAGUCCAGGGUUUGGUGGGAACUUCUCCCCCCAGAUUGGACCAGCAGCAGCCUUGUCCCAACACCACCCUGCUCCCCCACCACACCCCCACUUCCAACAUCCCCACAACCAGCACCAGCAGCAUCGGCGCUCCCCUGCCUCCCCACAUCCUCCACCACCCUUUCCUCACAGGAAUCCUGCUUUCAGCCAGUUGCCACAUUUGUCCAACAGCCUGAACAAGCCCCCAUCCCCCUGGGGUCCGGCUAGCUAUCAGAGCCCCUCUCCUUCCCCCGGUUCCUCCACCUCAUGGAGUCCUGGUGGAGGCUAUGGUAGCGGUGGCGGCGGCUGGGGAGGAUCUCAGGGCAGAGAUUAUCGCCGAGGGCUGAACGGUGGGAUGACCCCCAUCAACUCGAUCUCUCCACUAAAGAAGACCUUCCCCAACAACCAUGUGGCGUCCCAGAAGUACCCGCGAAACAGUCCUGCAGGCUUCAACCCCAAGUCCUGGAUGGAUGAUGGAGUUGGCCGUAGUGAUAACAUCUUCCCCUUUCAGGAACGUACCAGAUCCUUUGACAGCUUCAACAUGAACCAGCUGGAGAGCUCCCUGAUCGACAUCAUGAGGGCCGAGCAGGACACCCUGAAAGGUCGUCUUGGGUUCCCCCAUCAAGGUGCGGACAAUCCUCUGCCCCUCAAUGCGAGGAAUUAUAGCAGGAGACGAGGUCACUCUUCUCUCUUCCCCAUGGAGGAUGGUUUCCCUGACGAUGAGCGUGGCGAUCAGGGUCUCGCAGGUCUGGGCUCUCCACACUGCUUCCCACACCAGAACGGAGAGCGUGUUGAACGCUACUCGCGCAAGGUCUUUGUGGGAGGACUGCCCCCGGACAUAGAUGAAGAUGAGAUUACAGCCAGUUUCCGUCGUUUUGGACACCUGUUUGUGGACUGGCCUCACAAAGCAGAGAGCAAAUCCUAUUUUCCCCCCAAAGGCUACGCCUUCCUGCUGUUCCAGGAUGAGAGCUCUGUGCAGGCUUUGAUCGAUGCCUGUAUCGAGGAGGAUGGCAAACUGUACCUCUGUGUGUCCAGCCCCACCAUCAAAGACAAGCCGGUUCAGAUCCGACCCUGGAACCUAAAUGACAGCGAUUUUGUGAUGGAUGGAUCUCAGCCUCUGGACCCAAGGAAAACCAUCUUUGUGGGAGGAGUCCCUCGUCCACUCCGUGCAGUGGAGCUGGCCAUGAUCAUGGACCGUCUAUACGGUGGGGUUUGCUACGCUGGCAUUGACACAGACCCUGAGCUGAAGUACCCCAAGGGAGCGGGGCGGGUCGCCUUCUCUAAUCAGCAGAGUUACAUUGCUGCUAUCAGUGCUCGCUUUGUACAGCUGCAGCAUGGAGAAAUCGAUAAACGGGUGGAAGUGAAGCCAUAUGUGCUGGAUGACCAGCUGUGCGAUGAGUGCCAGGGAACUCGCUGCGGCGGGAAGUUUGCGCCGUUCUUCUGCGCCAACGUCACCUGUCUGCAGUACUACUGCGAGUACUGUUGGGCUGCCAUCCACUCCCGCGCCGGUCGAGAGUUUCACAAACCCCUGGUGAAGGAGGGCGGUGACAGACCCCGUCACAUCUCCUUCCGCUGGAACUGAGCGGUCGGUGGAGAGGGAGAGGCAACAGGGGAGCAGGUAGUGCAGGAGUCGCAAAUCAUUGUACAAAUAAAUGCACUUUUCUGUUGCUGGUUCCUUUUUGCUCUAAUUUUCACUGAAACUUUUUUCUCAUUUUUUAAGUUAAUAUAUAUCUAUAUUUUGAAGAAAGAAAAGAAAACUGGAAUUAUAUCCAAAUAUGUCCAGCAAGGAAAAAAGAUGUGUAACAUAAUUUUAUUUAUGUGUUUGAUUUUUGAAAUAUUUUUAUUAGUUCUCAAAAGAUACAUAUAUAGGAAAGUUUGAGGUGUGAUAUGGUACUCUGCUAUCCAAUUGGCUUAUUCUAAAGUAUGACUUUAAUUUUACUUUUGAUAUGAAAGCCCCAGAAAACACACUUCAUUUGACAUUUGAUUGACUUUUUUUGUAGCAGAGCUGUUGCUUUUUAUUUUCUAUCAAGUCUCCAGAGCAAAUGCUGCUGAAAAAGUGUCUCAUUGGCUUUUUGUUCCUGAGAGGUGUGACUACGUUUUUUUUUUUUUAAAUUAUUGAAUUAAGAGGCUCAAGAGCAAAUGUGAAUUGAAAAAGAUGUUGCUAAAGAAGAGUGCACUUAUUUCCAAUUCAAAGAGUGCAGAUCCAGUUUAUGAGACCCGUUGUAGUUAACCAAAGCUGAAUCUCUAUUUACUUUGAGGAACAGAGAGGACCCGCUGCAGAGAGAAAUGAAUUCUUUCCCUCCCAGAUCAAAUUGUUUGAACCUCUCUCUUUAUGAUUUCCCUGAUCAUACAAAUGUUUUGAUGUUACUUGAAAACCACAACAAAAUUUUUAGCAACACAUAUUUGGGUUUUGAUCUCCAUUUUGACAUGCAAAAACUAAUACCUCAAACUCAGCUGCUAAUGUGCCGAAUACAGUUUAAAAAGAGAGAAAGAAAGACAGAAACAUUAUCACCGCUGGUGUUCUCCUUUCCUUAGAACUCUAAUCAAAGGGAAGUGAUGCAACAAGCCGAGUGUGAUGUGACUGGCACAGUUUUGUACUCACUUGCUCCAUCACCUCCUUAUUUUUGUACUCAAACCCAGGGUUGUGCCGGGGACAGAGCGGAGUAUCGUACAGUAUAAAGUGUAUUCGGGGAAUGUAUGGUGUAGGGAGGCUGUAUGAGAGAGAGACAGGCCAACUGCUACAGAGAUAAAUCCAGCCCCGAUCCCCCUCCUCAUGUCUGCCUGCAGCCUUCUGCUGCUAAGCUAGCAGCUAACAGAAGGCGGGGCCUCAUUUAUGGAUUAAAGCCUGCGCACAGUAGGCCUUGGAUCCAGAUUUUUCAGGACUGAGGUGAAGGUAACUCCUCGAGAGAAGGCUGCUCAAACGCUGCCUUUUAUUGCAGUUUUUCCUAUCACCAACAGGUAACGCCUGUCUUUGAUAGUUUAUUUUCUAAUGCAUUUGUGCAAUUCUCCCAAGUCUUGAAUGGAAAAAAGCUUCGCAUCCGAGUCAGCUACAUUUACCGAAAGAAGCAAUUAAAGUUUGUCUGCUUUCCGAAUUGUCAGCACACAUUUGAGUCACGGAGGGAUCUGCCCUUUCGGCGAACCCCUUCUAUCUUUUUCUCCUGCCAAGCUAAUCCAACUCAGCAUCCAGUGUUUUUGAAGCAUAAAUGAAGAUAGUCUCUGCAGUGUGCUCUACUACUCCACACUUGUUACCCACAUGCAGUUUGCUCUUUCUAACAGUUGGUUGUACCCAGUGGUGCUUGGGAACCAAAGAUGGCUGUGCAGUAGUGGGUCAUACUGUAGCUCAUUUCUUAUUUCGGUUUUUUUACUCUUACUUUCCUUUCUCAUUUUUUCAAGGACAUUUUUUAUAUAUAUAUUUUUUAAGAUCUGUCACUUCUACCCAGUUUUGCUUAACUGUCAAGCCCAGCAAACCAAAGAUUGGCCUUGAACAUAAUAUAUUUAUAUAUAUACAUAUAUAUAUCUGACAGUGCAGUCAAAACCCAUUAGACCACCAGUGGAAGAACUACAGGGCUUGAAGGAACGCACACUCACAUUUGAGGCCUCACACUCUCCAUAGCUCAAAAAUGAAAGCGCGCUGGUAGCCACUAGUUGUUUUAAUCUCUGAUAGGUCUGUGUGUUUUGGAAAAAUUCAACAUAAAGUGCACAUUCACAGCAAAAUUGAAACUAAUCCUCAUUUGUUUGACAUUUUCAGUCACUCAGUGGUAACCUACUAGCUGAGCAUUUAAAUAUGUCAGGGAGUUAGUACAGAAACUUGAUUCUACACACUAGUGAGAAAACGUAUCCUCAUAUCGACGGGUGUCGUUGCACCAGUUUUUGCACCCUGGACAGUUUUGUGGGUGCGUUGGGUGAGCAUUUUAGAAGUUAAAACACUUUGUGAAGAAUUUGCUGUUAAAUGAGAUGAAAAAAAGAUUAUUUUAUACAUGGCCUGCUGAUUUUUGGUACAGUGUUUUCUAGCUAAAUUAUUUUGUCAUGCACAUAUAAACAUUUAUUAUGCACUACUUUUCUAAAUAUUUUUUCUUUUUCCAACAGUCAUUUUAGGCACAUUUUUCACAAAUGGGGAAACUCCUUUUUGCAAUACCUCAAUUUUUCACAUUGUGAAAGGUAGCUUUUGUACUUUUGUUACUGAGAGAUCUGCAUAUAUGGAAAUGUUCAUUUUAAGAAAAAAAAGAUGAGUGAUUUCAAUAUAUAUUAUUUUCAAUUAUGCUUUUUAUACAUUUCAGUGCUGAGGAAAUUUUACAACUAAGUGUGCACUUGUGUUGAUGCGACUUCAGAUCUGCAGAGGAGAGACCAAAGUGUAUCGCUCUCUUGGUCUUGGCUUCUCGUACACUAGAUGUUUCCAGUCAAUCUGGUCAAUAACAGCAUGGCGAGAAUUAAAAAAAAAAAAAAAGAAAAGGAAAAAAAAAAAACAAGUUGUAAUUUGAAUUUGAUGUUAAUGUCUCUAAACAUGGCUAUACUUCUGUCUUGGUUUCCUCUCCAUAGAUGGAGUAUAACUUAUUAUAAGGAGAAUGCAAAAUUUGGUUCAUGCUUAAUGCUGAAUCUCUUAUCACAAGAAUGGAUGUUUGGUGUUUAGAUAUUUUAAUAUUGAAAAAAAGUAUAUAUAUAUAUAUAUAUUCUUGAACUUGCCAACUAGCACCUAUUGUAAUCCUUAGCAUGCAUGACAUAAAAAGAGAAAAUGACAAGUACAUGAAUUAGCUAUUAAAAUUAAUUGUUGUGGUGUGCACCAAAUGUUUCUAAACUAUUAACUUGUUAAGGACAAACCCCAAACCCACUCUAUCUCACCUCACCUCACCUAACCCCCUCCCAACACCUCCCCUCCCCCACGUGUUGAUCUCCUCGCUUCCCCAUUCGCAGACCUCUGCAGGAUGCACAUGACAGAGAGCUAAGACGAGAAACAAGAGAGAAACUAAGUUAAAAAUCCAUUUUUGGCAGUGCAGGACUUUUGAGCAUCCUUUAAAACACUGUUUUAAAAAGACUUGAGAACUCAUCCCCUCUCUCUGUCGAGGUGAUCUUAUAUAGACCUAUCUGGAGGAAGGGGAGCUUAAAGACUUGAAUGUGGUAAAUGUUGCAAGUUAACUUCAAGUUGUUAUGUGCAAUACUUCUUUUGAACCUUUUUCCAGAUAAAGACUCUUUGCAAUGUAAUUCUUUAAUGCCAUUUUUAAUUGCAGACAUUUAAUUAAAGAAGAUGUUAAUAUGUUUUUCACAGUCAUUUUCUACUGUUAUUGUAAUCCUUUUCAUGCUGGUGUUUGUAAAAAAGAAAAGAAAUCAAACUAUUUGUACUAAUAUAAAUAAUUGAAGUUAUUUUUAAAACAUUAAAGGUUUUGUGCUCAUUUGCUUAUUUUGUUUAUUUUAAGCUACUGUGAUUGAUUGCAUUGUAAUUAUUAGGUCAACAAUGUAUUUAGCUGUUUAUUGGUAUAUUUUUAAUUGGAAUGUAUAAUUGAUUUUUAUAAUUUUGAUCAGAUUUUUGUUAUAUUUUUGAGGUGAAGCUUUUAAUAUGUUAAAGUGUCUAGUUUUUACUAAUUGCUAUAUUGUGCUCCACAAUAUAUGGUUCACAUUUUCUGAAGGAAAAUAAAUAUUUAAAUAUUUGUCUGUUAAUGAUGUUACUUAAUGGCAAGAUUUCAAUAGUUUUUAACUGUGUAUGGGAAGGUUGUUGUAUUUAUUAAUAGCAUUUUUUACUUAAGAUAUCACCUUAAUUUUUAUUGUCAUUUCACUUUAUAAGUUCCUAUUUUUGUAUUUUCCUUUCUAAUUAAGUUAUGUAAUACGGAUAUGUCCAUAUUUCUAGGAGUUGGUCUGUAGAAGUGCUAGUGAAAUGAAAAAGAAAAAUCUAAUGUUAUUUAAUUGUUUGCAGCCAACUAUUUAUAACAGUAUGCAUAAUUUUUAAAUAUUUGUAAUGUGAAAUG